AUGUCCAUGACCCCCUCUCGUCCAUCAUCCAGCACCACAACAAGUACUACAAGUCCAGUGAAGCUCGAGCCGGCAAUCGAAAAUCUUCCGCUCGACAUCGAAGGUCUUGCAAACAAGAAUGACAACGAGCUUGUGGGCCUGGCAGGCAAGACUGCCCUGAAGGUAUUUUGUGCUCAUUAUGUGGUAGAGAUGGGUGGAUUGAAUCUCAAGGUCUUCCCAUGGAAGUCGAUGCAUGAGAAGCUGGCGACCAGCAGGUACCGGCUUGUCAACUAUCCUCCCAAUGUCUCGCUACCCUGGAGCCAUGACACUCGGAAAGGAAUUGAAAACCUCACCAAACCGGAGCUUAUAUCAUUGCUUCGCAGUUGCAGUGACUCGGGUGUGCCAAACAAACUGACGGUCAUCAAGGUUGAUGAUCACACGUUGCUGAACAACUCCAAAGUUCCCCUGAUCACUACAGCCCCAGAUCCACAUGGCAACACGUGCCAGUACUUUCUUCGUGAUGUACCGCCCAAGCCCAAGUCUGGAUUAAGGAGCAAGAAGGAUAAGAAGGGUAAGGCUGCCAAGUCUCGCCAGACGCGCUCCAAGGUUGUUAGGUUUGAUGAGGAUGAACUCUACUCAGAGCUUUCAGUAGAUUCGGACUCAGAGAUAGAGGAGAUACGUACUUCGAAGCCGGCCACCCGCACCACAUCUCGGGUAACGAGACAGAUGUCUGCCGCCCCCCCAAAAUGUGCUCCAAAGCCAGCUCCUGUAUCCACAAGCGACGUCUCCACUGCUCCUGCCAAGACAUCAGGACCGAAGAUUUCUCUUACCGACUUUGAAAGCGGAGGCUUUGUACUGCUCAACAACUUCAGUACAGAUUCCGCUUUGGCGACAGGAGGAAAUGCUCCCCACACUAUCAACCUUCCUGUCAAGCGGGAUCUGGCAGUUUCAUCUACCGAUGGCAACGUAGCAUCAAAGCGCGCACGCCAGAACAUCAAGGCUACUGCGAUGCAGUCCGACAUGCCUCUCGAGGCCGCACAAUGCAGUCAUGACCUAGGGCAGAAUGUUCGCUCACCCCAACCCCCACCCCCACCCCCACAAAACCCUGUCCCUGUUUACACCACUACUCCCACUGUGGCUCCCACCCCACCCCCUGCUGCGGGUUUGCCAGUCUCCAAUGCUCAGAUGCAGCCUAUCACAUCGUGGGGCUCUCAGGGGCUCUAUACAGCAUCCUCCGCUCUGCCGCAAGCAGCCACCCAUGGCUCCCAUGGGAAUCUGUCCAGCAACCCUCCCCAUGUCCCGUCGCAAUCCAGCUAUCUCCCUGGCCUUCAGCUUCCGCCGGGAAUAACGCAGGAGCAGCUGCACGGCCUCCUACAGGCAAUGGUUGCCCAUGGCACUGGUCCGUAUCACCAGCCAACGCAAGGAGUCCCUCAGCCGGUUCCUGAAGGUGCAUAUCGUCACCCAGGAGUCCCAGGUGCCUACAACCAGCCGGUUCAUGGCCAGUUUCAGCAACAACACAGUGGCUAUUGGCAAGGAAGUGGGCAAGGAAGUGGGCAGGGAAAUGGGCAGCCACAUCCAGAGGGUACGGGCAGGCCCCAGUGA